GUGACUUUCUGUUUGCUGCUGUUGUGUCAGCUAGCUGUUCGGCUACAGCCUCGGGUUGCGAUGUUUUUAAAGAGUGGAGAAAUUUGAUUUUUAGAAGCUCCCACUGAUUGAAUUCAACACUAAAUAUCUAUUUACCAGAAGUACUUUGGAUACGAUUUGAACAAACAUGAUGACCUCAGCAACAUGCAGGGUUGGUUCCAGAAACUCUUGAAAUCAAGAGGAUCUUUAUCAAAGCAACACAAUAAAGAAGCCACAAAGGGUUUAGUUACUUCUGUUAGCGGUGUAUUAACAUCAUCCUCGUCUACAUUACCAUCGUGCUCUUCGUCGCCGCUGUCAUCAUCACCAGAGGGAACCCCCUCGAAACCACAGCAGCUGCCUACUGUUCUCAGUUCUGAGUUGAGAUGGAAAAGAAAGUAUGACAUAUUUGUUUGUCACAGCAGUGCCCAAAGUGACAUUGAAGAGGCCACACGCCUGGUCUCCUUUCUCGAGGAUUCGACCCGCAGCCUCAGGUGCUUUCUGUGGCAGAGGGACGCCUGUCCAGGAGGUGCAGUUUGCACAGAGUUUUGUCAGGCAGUGGAGAACAGCCACCUACGAGCUCUGCUUAUCACUCCUAACUUUGUUCAGGAUGACUGGUGUAAUUAUAUGAUGCACCAGGUACUGACAGAGGGACCCAUGUCGAAUAGGAUGAUUCCCCUGCUUCACAGCCUGUCCCACUCUCAGUACCCUAAGGAGCUGAAGUUCUACUACUACAUUGACCUGAGUAGGAACCCCGUCCAAGCCUAUACGCUUGUCAACAGGACGGUACUCCAGUACCUGGAGGACCUGGUUAAAAAAGAGAUGACGCAUAAUUUCCAAAUGAGUGGCUCUAGCAGCGGAUUAGAUGGAGCAGACAGCUUACAAGAAGACAAGCUGAUAUCCCAGCACAGCCCUGCUGGGACUGCUAUUCCACUGGAAGUGAUGCAAAAGAGCCAUAAACACUUUAGUGACAUUUCCUGUGAUCAGCAGCAGCAGCAAUUAAAGAAUAUGACGCAGGAAGGGAGGAACUUAGCUACUCACUGACCUCCGUUUUAGUGAUCUUUUUAUUACAACGUGCAGUUAUUGCUUAUUAACACUGCAUAUGUGGCAGAACGAUCAGCAUGGAAAUUCAGUUUUCCUUUCACAGCUUGUGAACUAUAUUGUGAGUGGACAAGAUAUUUAAAUGUAUACAUUAAAGGAGUCUGUGUUUGUAGUCUCAGCUUUGUAAAGAGAGGAGAUUGUCUUUUCCACUAGGUGGUGUAUUCUGCUGCAAAUUCCUACACUAGAGAGUACCAGUGAGGAAACAUGAAUGGGUCAUAUCGUGAGGUCUGUGUGUAUGAGUGUGGGUUGUGUAUGAGAAAGGGAAAUACCCACCCAUUACAAACUGCUGACAGUGGUAUGACAUUUGAACUGGGCCUCAAGUAAUAACACAGGGAAUGUAAUUCCUUUUCAGAAAAAACCCCCCACACUUCUUUCUUCAUUUUAAAUUAAAUAUUUCUUUAGACUUAUCAUCUUUUGCUUUUAGUAUUUCUGUCAACCUACCAACCAUUGUUUCUUGUUUGGAGUUUAGGGAGCCACAUCGUGUUUUAUUAGAAGGACUUUAUGACUAAGUUGCAGUGCAUGGGUUUAUUUGAACACGUGUUGUCCAGACUGUAUCUUCCUGACACUUGGACAGUGUCCAUCAGCACUUGGUCUGGUCCAAAUAUAACUAAUGAAUAAAUAGUUAAAACAAAGUACAAUCAAGUUGAAAAUUUGGUUUGAACACCUGUCGUCCUUCCAAGGGAGCUUUCACUUCUCCACAGCAGACUUUACUAUUCAUCAAGCAUAGUAACAAACAACAGGUUUCAGAUAGUUGACAUUAAGUUUAGUCCACUCAUUGUGAGUAUCAAGUAUUCACAGUAUCAAGUGGAGGACAGUGUUCGUGAUAUGUUUUGUUUUUUUAAAGCAGACAGGGUUUAUAUUCCCUUUACAAGGAAUCGUUUGCACUGGAGAAGUACCACGUGUUCUGUUUUUUUUAUUAAACACUAUAUCAUCCUCACUCUUUCCCAACCCCCUAAACAACAGCAGACUUUUAGCGCUGCAAACAGAGAUCCCUUAUAAUCGGCUCUUUUGUGCCAAACCAACGUUGCAACAUAAAAAUUGAGACUAAUCUCUAAAAGGAACAGAUGUUGUAUGAAGCCUUUGUUGUUACCAAAUCCUUGAGCAUGCGUACGGACACACACACACAUUCAGACGUAGUUAUGUGAAUGACUGUUAACGUCAGACAAAACACGUGUCACAUUUCACAUAAGUAAUGUAAAAAGCAAGCUAAACUAACGAACCGUGGCCCUAUAAAUGCUCUGAUCAUGAUCAAUAAUGAAUGUCAGCAAAUUGCAGAAUGUAAGCUGAAUUCUGUUUUCUCAUGCUGUGCUCUGCUGUGCCGUGUUUGCUAACGUUAAGGCACAGCAUUGUUGGACUUGGACAUGAACUCUCAAUCAAUGUGAGAAUGUAAUCAAGCUGUUUAUCAGAGAGGAAGUAUAGUUUUAGGACACUCUAGCCUAACAUUAGGUGUCAUAAUCUUAGCUUAUAACCAGGUGUUGCUGUUUAGCUGCUUCAUUGUCAGGAUUCCAGAUGUCUAAUCUUCUGACACUAAGUAAUUGUGACAAUAUUCUGAAUAUAUAAGCAUUUUUAUGUAUUCUUUUGUGCGUAAGAGCCCUGACUUUGGUUCAGGUGAUAGGGCUUGAAGUGAGUAGUAUAUUUAUGAGUACAGUAUUUUUUUUUUAAUUAAAUAAACUAAAAUAAUGACUGACUGUGCCUUUAAAAGCUUUUAAAAGAAAAAUGUCCUGUAGCUCAGGAGGCAGAGCAGAUCAUCUACUAAUUGGUUGGUGGUUUGAUCCCUACCUGCUGCUGUUUACAUGGCAAAUAUCCUUGGGCAAGAUAAUAACCCUAAGUUGCUCUGUGAUGCAUCCCUCGGGGUAUGAAUGUGUGUGAAUGUUAGAUAGCAAGCAGUUCUGCAUAGAACUAGUACUUGUAUAACUGGCUGUGAAUAGGUGAAUAAGGCAUGUUGUUUAUAAAGGGCCUUGCUUCAGGAGAGUAUAAAUGUUGCCAAAAAUAUAAACGGUUUCCUUUGUUUAUAAAGACAAAACAUGAUUUGAUUAGAUUGGCAUGUGACACUGCAGGGCAGUGGUUUAUACUGUUGCCUCACAGACAUGGGUACCCUGUGUUCUAAUCCACCAGACCUAUUUUAGGAUCUCUAAAAUUGGAGAGCUUAAAAUAGGAUCAUAUUUGCCUGUGUGUUCUUAUUGGGAGUGUGCAUGGUUUCACUGUGCCUUUGUCAGUUCAUAGGUGUUAAUGUGAGUGGAAAUGCUUAUCUGUGUAAAGGAUGUACCCCACCCUUUUAAUCAUUAGAGCUGUGAUAGACUCAAGAUGUCAUAUCCUUGACCCCAAAUUGACCUUGAAUUGUUGGGUAAGUGGAAGGAAACAUUUUUGGUUUUUGAUGACUAAUACUGGUAAAUGACUAAAUGCUCCUCCACCUGUCUAAAGACUAAAACUGAAAACAGUGAUUUGUGGUUUGGUGUGGAAAAGCCCCCAAAACAUGCAAGUUGUGUGUCAUCAUCCCGCAAAUUUCAACACCAAGCAAGAAAUAAAGGAGAGCACAGAGUUUAGGUCUCUGAAUAGCAAGCUGUGUGUUUUAGAUCACUAGAUCUAUCGGUGGGAGAGCAUUGAGCUUUAAGUCCACAUGGUGGUCUGUACAGUAUGCGUUGGCACCAAUCUGGACCUUUCUACCUGUGAUGAGUGAGUUCAGCUGGCUGUGCUACAGUGAUGAAACAGCUGAGUUACAUAAAGGAGAGGAGGAUAUAGAUAAACAUUUUCAUGGAUUCAAUGUAACUGGUAUGAGAAUCACUUACAGCACAGUAGCUUUAUAGACAAAAUAAAAGAUGGAAGUCUUUCGUUCCUUCCCACUGUCAAAAUGCUUGCUCAAAGUGGGGGAUAUCUGAUUGUUGGGGUUUACUGUGGGGUUUUUACCCUAAAAUAUACAGCGUUUUGAGGCAACUGUUGUUGUGAUUUGACGCUAUAUAAAAAACUGAAUUCAAUUAAAGUCAAAUACACAUAAAAUGAACACUGUAAUUCAUUAACUUAUCUGCCACUGUGUUUUUCCUUUUUAAUUGUUUUAUUUUUUUACCAGCAGCAUUACAUUUAAAACAUGAAUGUUUUUAAUGUUUUAUGCCCCUCACAUUGUUUUAUUGCACUUUUAUACUUUUAUACCGAACUUUUGGCUCAUUUCUGUGUUUAUGAUUUUACUAUACCCUUUCCCAAAUGUGAGACAAUAAAGAAAGAAAAGGCUUUUUUGCA